CAAAAGAUAACUACAUACAACCACAUCCAAUAAAACCCAAGAAAAUAAAAAUAAAAAAUAAAAGAAAGAUAAACAAUAAACCCCUCUUUUGAUUCCAGGGUUUACAAUUCUCAUUUCUCUCGUCAAGCUACCGAAAAUGAGUCGCCAUCCUGAAGUGAAGUGGGCUCAGAGGGAAGACAAGAUAUUUAUCACUGUCCUCUUGGCUGACACAAAAGAUCCAAAGGUUAAUCUUGAGCCGGAAGGUGUUUUCAAAUUUUCAGCUUCUGCUGGAGCAGAGAAUCAUUCUUAUGAACUGAAGCUUGAUCUCUUUGAUAAAGUUAAUGUAGAGGAAAGCAAAAUAAACAUUAGUCCGCGUAGCAUAUUCUGUAUCUUGGAAAAAGCAGAAAUUAAAUGGUGGGAUAAAUUGUUGAAGGGAGAUGCAAAGACGCCACACUAUGUCAAAGUAGAUUGGGACAAGUGGGUAGAUGAAGAUGAUGAUCCUGCUCCGACUGAUGCUGGAAUGGAUGGAAUGGAUUUCUCGAAAUUCGGCGACAUGGGAGGCAUGGGCGGCAUGGGAGGCAUGCCAGGCAUGGAAGCAUUGGCUGGCAUGGGUGGUAUGCCUGGAAUGGGCGGUAUGGGUGGUAUGCCUGGCAUGGGCGACUUCUCCAUGGGUGAUGACUUUGAUGAAAGUGAUGAUGAAGGUGAAGAGGGAACAAAGCCCGAGAAGGCGGAUGCAGAAAAAGCAGCAGCUCUUCCAGAGAAGAAGGCGGAAGCAACGUCAAGCACAUGAAGGACUAGUAUAUAGUUUCAUUACACUGUUACUAUAUAUCGUAGUGCUCUGGAGAUGGAUAUCAUGCUCUGAUAAUGGAACUUCGUAGAGGAAAGCCAGUUUUCGAGCAAAUGUUUGUGUUUAUGAGAGGUUUUUAUUAUGGCAGGCAGAAAUUACAUAUUACAUCUGUGCUCUGUAUCUUGAUUUCACUAGUGUCAUCCUGAAUUGAUCGACAUUAUAGUGUGAGAUGGUUUAUGGAUGAUAUUGGAAAUAUAAUAUAAGAAUAGAAUAAUAAAUUAUGUUUGAAGUGAUUA